UGCAGUGAGCUGAGAAGUCCGUUGUCGAGAACAGGGCCGCUAUUCUGUUGUGAACGCGGUCGAUUUGUUGGUUCAUUCUACGCCCAAGUGUUGUUGUGAUAUUCACUUUGACAACAGUGUUUCAGUGCAAAGUUUAAAAUUAUUCGAUAACAAAUAAAUAGGUGCAGUGUUGUGUCAAGAUCUUUGUGUGAUUAAAGUGCUAAUAGUGAGACGGUAGACGUCUGUUUUAUGAAUGGAAGCGUAGUAUUUGGGAGUGGCUUACUACGUUUUCGGCCGCUAUAGUGCGCUAGGCCCGCCAUGCCUCUCUGGCUGUUGUAAACAAUAACAGUCUGAUGUGAUAUCCUGUUGUUGUGAUAUCCUCAUGGAGGAUUCGGCCUGUCCUGGCUGUUCACUUCGUCCCACUAACGUGGGACGGAGGACGCGGCGCGGAGGUGGUGGACUGAGAGGGGGCUACGGGGACGAUGUGUCAUGGGGGGUGGUGAGUGUGCUGGCGGCGGUUUGCUGCCUGCUGCUGUGCUUGGCCAAUCCGGUGGAGGCGUUCGCCAGCCUCGGCACUGAGCUCAGGCCACGCACCGACCUCUCCACCGACCGAUCGUCGCCCGACGCUAGAGGAGUAUGCCAGAGCCUGGACAUCCGGAACGCGGCGAGAGAGUUCCACCAGCUGCAGGGCUGCCAGGUGGUGGAGGGCUUUGUACAGAUAGUGCUGAUGGACAAGGCAGUCGAGUCGGAGUUCGCCAACUUCUCGUUCCCCGAGCUGCGGGAGAUCACAGGCUACCUGCUGCUCUAUCGCAUCGACGGACUGCGCACCCUCAGUAAUCUCUUCCCCAACCUGGCCGUCAUCCGCGGCAACACGCUCUUCUUCAACUAUGCGCUUGUCGUCUUCGAGAUGCUGCAUUUGCAGGAAAUGGGACUGAAAUCUCUGACUGACAUUGUACGUGGUGCCGUUCAUAUCAGCAAGAAUCCGAUGCUCUGCUACGUGGAUACCAUCGAUUGGGACAAAAUUGCCAGAUCAAGUCAGGGUGGACAUUUUAUAACGGGUAACAAAAAGAAGAACGAAUGUCCGAUUUGCCAAACAAAUGCAGUUUGUCCAACCUCAGCCACCAAUGAUAACCUUUGCUGGAAUACUCAACACUGUCAAAAAUUUUGUAGCAAAUGUGAAGAAGGCACAGCGUGCAUGGAUGACGGGACGUGCUGCGACAAGAACUGCUUGGGAGGCUGCAACGGGACGGGGCCCACCAACUGCAUCGCCUGCAGGGGCUACCUUUUCCAGGGCACUUGUGUCGCCACCUGUCCAGUACAAACGUACCAGUACCUGCAACGUCGCUGCGUGCUGGAGAAGGAAUGCUAUGACAUGCCGAAACCGCGCGAAAUCAUGAGUGAGGAGGUGCGGCCGCAGCCGUGGAAGCCAUUCAUGAACCAGUGCCUCAUCGACUGCCCGCCCAACUACGCAGAGGCGCCCAUCGACAACUUCCGCGGCCUCGACCCCGACAGGACCUACUAUCGAUGCGAGCCGUGCAAGGGACCAUGCAAGAAGGAAUGUGAAGGCUUGAAUGUUGAUAGCAUCUCCUCCUCCCAACGACUGAGAGGCUGCACCUACAUCAAAGGAUCACUUGAAAUCCAAAUACGUGGUGGAUAUAACGUUGUGAAGGAGCUAGAAAACAAUUUGAAUAUGAUCGAGGAAAUAAACGGCUACUUGAAAAUAGUACGCUCUUUUCCGCUGGUGUCUCUCAACUUUCUCAAGAAACUCAAAGUUAUACACGGCGAGAAACUUGAGAGUGGAAAGUACGCUCUGGUUGUGCUUGAUAACCAGAAUCUAGUUGAGUUGUGGGACUUUGGCCCAUCGAGAGAAGAAAGACUGAGAAUAACUAGGGGAAAACUAUUCUUCCACUUCAAUCCUAAACUUUGCUACUUCAAAAUCGACAACCUACGAAAGUAUUUGGGGAUGCCCGAAUUCACUGACAACGAAGUGGCCAGGAAUUCCAAUGGAGAUAAAGUUGCAUGUAAUAUAUCGCUGCUUGACGCUAGAGUUGAGACGAGGUCUUCGAAAGGGGUAAUAAUUAAAUGGAAGGAAUUCGAGCACUACGACCCUCGCACCCUGCUCGGCUACAUCAUCUACUUCAUUGAGGCGCCUUAUCAGAACAUCUCGCUCUAUGAUGGACGAGACGCAUGCGGGGGUGAUGGAUGGCGCGUAAUCGACGUGUCACCGUUGGAGAAAGACAACGAGACGACGACGCUGAACGAGGACAAGAACAAGACAAAGCACAUGUCACAGCUGAUCACGCAGCUCAAGCCCUACACUCAGUACGCGUUCUAUGUGAAGACCUACACCAUUGCAUCGGAGAACAGCGGCGCACAGAGUCCCAUCAUCUACUUCCGCACUGAGCCUGACAUUCCAUCGAUGCCUCAGAACCUGGUGGCGAAAAUCGAGUCGAGCUCGGAGAUCAAGGUGGCCUGGCAGCCGCCGCUCAACCCCAACGGCAAUGUCACGCAUUACCUCAUCACUGCCAAGUGGGAGCGCGACGACUCCGAGUUUCUUGCUCAACGCAACUAUUGUGAAGAACCGCUGACUUCAAUAGUGGACGUGACGAAUCAGGCGGGCAAGUGGACGCUGGUCAACGACGAUGACGUCUACACGGGCGGCAAGCCGGAUGACUGCGUCUGCAUGGACGACAAGAAGGUCAACAAGAAGAAGCAGCAGGAAAAAGAAAUACAAUUUCAGAUACAAUUUGAGGACACCUUACAGAAUCUUGUUUACAUCAAAAGGUCGUCGCUACGAGAUAAAAGAGAAAUAUCGCUUCGAGAUGGGAAAACAAUAACGGAAAAUCAUUUUGCCGAGUCUGACAUGCGCAUAAAAACAGUUCCGGUUUCAACCGACCUUGAGGUGCAGAGAUUGGAGAACGAACCUCAAGUGAAAAUACUAUUGCAAGGUAAGACGAGCUAUGUGAUCAAGGGACUGCACCACUUUGCUCAGUACACAAUAUCCGUGUCGGCCUGUCGCCAGAGAGACGAAACUGACAAGCUGAUCAUGACCAACAACUGUAGCACGCACUCAAUCAUUAGUGCCCGCACCAAAAAAUUGGCAAAUGCUGAUGUAGUAUCAGAAAUCUGGCACGAAGUAAUAGAGAAUCCGGUGAACCACACUCAGCCGAUUGUGAAAUUGUACUGGAAAGAGCCGCCCGCACCUAAUGGUCUCAUCGUCAUGUAUCAGAUAUCGCACUGGCUUGUUUUCGAGAAUCAACAGCACAAGAAGACGCACUGCAUCUCGCGGCGUCAGUUCCUGGAGGAAGGCAACUCACACACCCUGACCAACCUGGCGCCGGGCAACUACAGCUACCAAGUGUGCGCCACCUCAUUGGCCGGCCUGGCCAACUGUAGCCAAUCGCCGUUGCGCUACUUUGAGAUCCAGGGCUACUCGUCUGUCACCAGUCUGCAGAUCAUCUUCGCCACGUUCAUGACGGCCGGCAUGCUCAUUCUGUUGGGCUUCGUUGUGUUUCUGCGCAACAAGUCCAACAAGCAAACGCCGCUUAUCGCUGAGUGCAACCCGGAGUAUGUCAGCACCGUGUACGUUCCGGACGACUGGGAGGUGCCUCGCAGCCAGAUCGAGCUGGAUGGGGAGCUGGGCCAGGGCUCGUUCGGCAUGGUUUACGAGGGCAUCGCCACCAACGUAGUGCCAGGGGAGCCGCGCAAGAAGUGUGCCAUCAAGACUGUCAAUGAGAACGCCUCGCUGCGCGAGCGAGUCGAGUUCCUCAACGAGGCCUCCGUUAUGAAGGCAUUCAACACUCAUCACGUGGUGCGGCUGAUCGGAGUGGUGUCGCAAGGCCAGCCGCCCUAUGUGGUGAUGGAGCUGAUGGCCAACGGGGACCUCAAGUCCUACCUCAGGCUGCAUCGGCCUGACGCCACUGUUGAGCCUCACAAACAGCCUCCAACCUUAAAGGUUAGACCUUCACCGUCGUUUCCACUGAUGGAUCAGAUUCAGUUCGCACAUGUAGGGUCGCUUUCCCAAAGUUUGUUUCAAGUAUUAAACCCGUUAAAUCAAUGUAUAGUCGCAUUUAUUCUAAUUAUAUUUCAAUUGAGUCAGCUGAUUAUAGUGUUUUUUCCAGGAACAAAAGGGUUGCUUCCUGUGCGGUGGAUGUCGCCGGAAAGCCUGAAAGACGGCGUGUUUACUAGUUCCUCGGAUGUGUGGAGUUACGGUGUUGUCAUCUGGGAAAUGGCAACACUGGCGUCACAGCCUUAUCAGGGCUUGUCAAACGAACAAGUGCUGAACUACGUGAAGACUGGAGGCUGCAUGGAGCGGCCGGACAACUGUCCCGAUGUGCUCUAUAAUCUGAUGCGUCAGUGCUGGCAACACAAGCCGGCUGACCGACCCACGUUCAUGCAGCUGGUGCGUUGUCUGCUGCCGUUUGCGCAUCCGUCGUUCGCCAGCCUCUCCUUCUACCACAGCGACGAGGGAGGCCAGGAGCGGCGGGCGUCGACCAGCACGCCACAGGCGACCGUCGAAGAGGAGACGCCGCUUCGUGUUACCCGCGACGUUGAAGACUUUUCGCUGAGUGAUGACGAGGACGAUUACGAGCCACAUCUGCCCGCGCCUGCGCCUGCGCCCGCCACCGACACAAAGGUGAGCAACGGCAGUGCGACUGCGCCGACUCCCAACGGCUUCAUUCGUCGGCCGCCGGCUGCCAACGGCAACAGUGUCAACGUCAAGACGACAAAGUGUUGACCACUAGUGACCGCGUAGUUGCCUGCCGCCGACAAACUAACUCUGUCAGGGGUUGACGUUGCCGCCGCCACUGCCGCUACUCCCACCUCCCACCUAGACAAUGCUAUGCUAUGAGCUCUGCUAACAAGUAUGUGUCUUUCACACACACUUUAUUAAACAUCUAAGUCUGAUUCGAUUCUAAGGCUAUGUGGUCGUUGUGUUUGUUUGCUACAUAAAAUGAGACAUACUUGAUGUAACAUAUAAGUCUGAUCCGAUUCUAAGUUCACAUUAAGGUAUGUGGCUUUAUGUGUUCUUGCCACAUGCGACAACAUCUACUUUAUGAAACUGAGAGACCAGAUGCUUUCAAAAGUGUGUGAGUCUUUUGCUACAUGAAACUACAAAUACUUGAUGAAGUACAAACAUUUUGAUGAACGUUUAGAGAGCUUCAUUAAUUUCUGUUUCUAAAAUCACGUUGUGCUUUCAUGAUUUGAAUUUAAAACAACACUGUAAUCCAUGAAAAGUACCUAUGUGAUCUUUAUGUUUGAUAAAUAAUACUAUACUAACAAACACGACACAAGCUUCAUGAAAUGCUUUACAGGAUGUUUGGAACAUAUACAAGCAAUGCGAGUAGUUUCAUUCAUUUUUGUUCAUCCAGAUCAGAUGGAUGGAUUCUUUCAACUUUUUAUACGUAUAGAAGCAAUGUUAAAAUCUAGCAAAUUCUUUUGUUCCAUGAAAGCUGUUUAUUUAACGUAUUAUAAAACAGAGAUUAAGCUAGUAAAUUCACUUAUUUGAAUACAAUAAUAAUUGUUCAUGUGAUGUUGUAUGAAACAGGAAUUGAUUAGGAUCCUCUAAUGAGAAUAAGACUGGGAUGUUGUAUAGCAUUGUCUAUUAGCGUGAGGUGAGGCCUAAUGUUGUGUUGCUGCCACAGUUGAGUGACUAGUGACAGUGUCGUCUCAAUAUUGUGUGUCAAAACUUUCUGUGACUCGCGAUAGGGUGCGCUAGCUGUUUCAUUCAUGAAUUCCUACUCACCAACAACGAGCUUCCUAGACAAGUUCCAAUCAUUAUUCAGUGACAUUGAUUAAUCGAUCUGAAUUGUUCAUUUUGCAGAUUGAUUUCUCCGAUCCAUGUUUUUUGUGAGCUUAACCAAGGUCUAGAAAUUUAUUACCUGCAACAAGUCUAGAGCUGUAAUAAAAUCACUCCACUGAAAAAAAAUCGCAAAUUGCUGUUAGUUGUUAGCUUUAGUUGUUAUAAAUUUUGAUUUUUUAUUAAAUUGUCUGUAAGGUGUCAUAAUAACCGAUUAAUUACAUUUUAUCAAUUACAAUAGAUACUACCUUCAGUUGUUACACCAGAAACUAUGAACUUGGACGUUAGCAGUAGGGAAUCUAAUUUUAUUUUUAAAUAAUUGAAGUUUAUCUGAGAUUGUUUGAUGAGUUAAUCUGUUAUUUUAUGGUGUGGAAACCAAAACCAGCCCAAAGCUGUUCCAAUUCAAUGUGCGUUUUUACUUUCAAAAUUAAUAUCUCCCCAAUUAUAGUUGAAUUGUUCCAUGUUGUUCAUAGACAACCAAGUUAUUUCAAAAUAC